CGCGUUUCAAAAUAAACUAAUCCAACGUGGUUUACAGUCGCAGAUUCUUCAAAAAACAGCUUUAAAAGUAUCGAAACUGCUUUUUAACAAUAUUGUUUACUGCUAAAUUCUUAAUCCAUGCUUCCUACCUGCCGAUGCGGAUUCCCAAUUUGUUUACCAAAAAGUUCUCGCGACUAUUCCCGGUUCCAAGCCGCUGGCGGCAUUACUUUCGCAACAUGGACAGUCCGGAUCUGAGACCACCGGCCGCAGUGCGCGGCAUGACCGUACUGGAGAAGGAAGCCUUCAACAAGCAAGUCAAGGUUCCUUACUUGAAGGUUCCUGGUGAGCUAAAUUUCAAUACCGUUUGUUUGGCGGUUAAAAAGUUGCUUCUGAAGAUGGAACGCUACAAGCCGGUUCGAACGGAGGAAGCUAAAAUAAUACUACAUCCGGCGGGGGUAAAGAGUUGGGAUGAUCUGAAGGAGUUGAAGCUGGAUGGGCUGGACAGUGACUGCUUGGGGUGGCAAGAGAUUCAAAUCGGUUUCGACAACUGGAGAUACGACGAAAUCUUCCGCGCCGUGCUGCCGGAGGACAAGGAAGGAUUGUCGGCCUUUUCGAAGGUUGGCCACGUAAUUCAUUUGAACUUGAAGGAUCACCUGCUGCCGUACAAAGGGCUGAUUGGGGAAGUCAUCAAGGAUAAAAUCGCCACGUGCCGAACCGUUGUGAACAAGCUGGACACGAUCGACAACACCUAUCGGAACUUUGCCAUGGAGCUUCUGGCCGGGGAAGAAGACUAUCAGGUGUCGGUGAAGGAGAAUGGAACCGUUUACGAGUUUGACUUCUCGAAGGUGUACUGGAAUCCGAGGCUGAGUACGGAACAUGAGAAGGUGGCCAAAAUGUUGCGCAAGGAAGAUAUCCUGCUGGACAUUUACGCCGGUGUCGGUCCAUUUAGUAUUCCAGUGGCGAAGAAGGGGUGCUCCGUGCUGGCGAAUGAUCUCAACCCCGAGUCGUACAAGGCACUCGUUAAUAACUGCAAAAAGAAUAAGGUCGAAGGCAGAGUAAAGUGUUUCAAUCGCAAUGGGAUCGAUUUCAUUCGAGAGGAGGUAAAGACGUUUAUUGUGGAAAUAAACAAGAAAGACGAUUUCAAAGGAACGGUCAACAUCACGAUGAAUCUGCCAGCGUUGGCGGUGGAACAUCUGGAGCAUUUCGUUGGUCUGCUAAGUGAUGAAACUGUAACGAUUGUACACUUUCCCCUGGUUCACGUGUAUUGCUUCGCGAAAGGAAUCGAGGAUAAGAAGGACAUUGCCCGGCAGAUGGUGAAAGACAACAUGGGAAUCGAACUCGGGGAAAAUCUCAAAGAGAUUGCCUUUGUUAGAAACGUCUCUCCGAACAAAGAUAUGAUGCGAGUUUCGUUCUUCUUAACGAAUGAAAUUUUGUUUUCCAAACGUGAACUCAAACGUGAUCGUGAAGUAGAAGACGAACAUUCACCUAAAAGACAAUGUUUGGACCAGACUGCGCAAAAUGGCCAAGAGGAGCACAAAAAAUCGUCAACAGGUGAAACAAGUAGCUAAGAAGGCGAAAAAUGUCUUUGCCGUUACACAAGGCAAGAAAAAUAACACGAAAAAAGCAAAAGAAGUGUCGACGAAGUUGAAAAAGAUCAACGUCAACGCCAAACGAGAGAAAGCCGACAAGAACUUCCAGGACCUGCACGCGCAAAUUGUGUCGAAAAAGCAGAACAACAAGCCACCGCCGAAGCCACUUCCCGCGAAGAACAAAGCCCAACCCAACACGAAGCAGAUGGAGGCCGAUCUGGACAAGAUGCAAAUGUAGCGCAGGACUUCAACUAGCGACAAUCUUCAA